GUUGGAAUUCUGACUUGUGGCUUUUGGCACUCCUUUUUCUUUUUAAAAAUCGCUGGGUCUGUGGCUCUCUCCUGGGAAUCGGUGACUUUGACCGAGGCUGGAGACAGCUGUGAACAGCCGCGGACAGCUGAGGUGGCAGUGGGAACUACCACGAGAUGUUCAGCCAGGUGCCCAGGACCCCGGCUGCAGGCUGCUACUAUCUAAAUCCCAUGACACCUGAGAGCCAGGAGAUGUACUUGCGAUUUGAUCAGACUGCCAGACGCUCUCCCUACAGGACUAGCCGGAUCCUAGCACGCCAGCACCUAGUGACUAAAAUUCAGCAAGAAAUCGAGGCGAAAGAAGCAUGUGACUGGCUGCGUGCGGCCGGGUUUCCGCAGUAUGCUCAGCUGUAUGAAGAUUCACAGUUCCCCAUCAACAUUGUGGCCGUCAAAAAAGACCAUGAUUUUCUUGAAAGAGACCUUGUAGAAACUCUUUGCAGACGACUUAAUACAUUGAACAAGUGCGCCUCAAUGAGACUUGAUGUGAACUUCCUAAGGAAAAAGGGUGACGACUCGGAUGAGGAAGACCUGUGCAUCAGCAACAAAUGGACUUUCCAGAGAACCAGCCGCAGGUGGUCCCGUGUGGAUGACCUGCACACACUGUUCCCCGGGGCAGACAGAAACGGGUCCCCAGGAGGCCCUAGGAUGAGAAACACGACCAGCAGUGAGAGUGUGCUUACGGACCUGAGUGAGCCAGAGGUCUGCUCCAUUCACAGCGAAAGCAGUGGGGGCAGUGACAGCCGCAGCCAGUCGGGGCAUCAGUGUGCCGACAACACGCUGGUGCUGGAGGGCACCCAGGUUAGCAGCAGCCUCCCACAGUCUCCCCGAGACAGUCUCAGCUACCCUUCUCACCCCAAGAAUGAGAAACCGGCCAGGGCCAGGGCCAAAUCGUUUUUGAAACGCAUGGAUACCCUUCGCACUAAGGGGGCACACGGGAGGCAUAAGGGGUCAGGGCGGACAGGUGGCCUGGUCAUCAGUGGGCCUGUGCUGCAGCAGGAGCCAGAGUCCUUUAAGGCCAUGCAGCAUGUUCAGAUGCCCAAUGGAGAUGUGCAGACCUCACCCCCAGCUGCCUGCAGGAAAGGGCUUCCAUGCUCCAGGAAGUCAAGUGGUGAGAGCAGCCCCUUGGAGAACAGCAGCCGAGUGAGCACUCCAUGUACGAAGGAGCGCAAGUGCCACCAUGAGGCCAACAAGCGUGGGGGCAUGUACCUGGAGGACCUGGAUGUGCUGGCAGGGACAGAGCUACCAGAUACCUGGGACCAAAAUCACAAGCAUGGAUUUCACUCUCAAGAGAACUUGGUGGUGCAUAUUCCCAAGGAUCACAAACCAGGAACGUUCCCCAAGGCACUGUCUAUAGAGAGUCUCUCACCCACAGACAACAGCAACGGGGUCAAUUGGAGGACCGGGGGCAUCUCCCUGGGCAGACAGCAGGGCCCGGGCAUGAGGGAACCCAGGCUCAUGGCAUCCUGCCACAGAGCCAGCAGAGUCAGUAUCUAUGACAAUGUCCCCGGCUCGCAUCUGUACGCCAGCACAGGAGAUCUGUUGGACUUGGAGAAAGAUGGCCUCCUCCCACAGCUGGAUGCCAUUUUGCAGCAUGUCAACGGCAUCCAAGAGGUGGUAGAUGACUGGUCAAAACAUAUCUUACCGGAACUGCAGAGUCACGAUGUGUUGACAGGGGAGCCUGGUUUAUCCCCAUUUCCGUCUCCCAAUCAGAUCACUUUAGAUUUUGAAGGCAACUCAGUCUCAGAAGGUCGGACAACACCCAGUGAUGUGGAAAGGGAUGGGACUUCUCUGAAUGAAUCGGAGGCAGCUGGGGUCAAAGAAAGAAGGGACUCUGGUGUGGGGGCCUCUCUGACUAGGCCAAACAGGAGACUACGAUGGAGUAGCUUCCAGCUCUCACACCAGCCUCAGCCAUCUCCAGCCACCCUGCAUAUCAGCAGCCAGACUGCGGCUCAGCUGAACUUGUUCCAGCGCUUCUCGCUGCUUCGUCUCACAGCCAUCAUGGAGAAGUGCUCCAUGUCCAACAAGCAUGGCUGGACCUGCCUCUCUGCACGGUGCGCCCCAGGGGCCUUGCAUGACCUGGUUUCUGUGAAUUCCAGGUCCGUUCCAAAGUUCAUGAAGAGGAUGAAGGUGCCUGACUACAAAGACAAGGCUGUCUUUGGUGUUCCUCUCAUAGUCCAUGUCCAGAGAACAGGACAGCCCCUGCCUCAGAGCAUUCAACAAGCACUGAGGUAUCUACGUAGCAACUGUCUGGAUCAGGUGGGUCUUUUCCGAAAGUCAGGAGUGAAGUCUCGAAUCCUUGCUCUACGCCAAAUGAAUGAGAACUUCCCUGAGAAUGUGAGUUACGAAGACCAAUCUGCAUAUGAUGUGGCAGACAUGGUGAAGCAGUUCUUCCGGGACCUCCCUGAGCCCCUGUUCACCAACAAGCUCAGCGAGACCUUCCUCCACAUUUACCAGUAUGUCCCCAAAGAACAAAGGCUGCAGGCUGUGCAGGCAGCCAUACUCCUGCUGGCGGAUGAGAACAGGGAGGCCUUGCAGACACUCCUGUGCUUCCUCCACGACGUAGUGAACUUGGUGAAAGAGAACCAGAUGACGCCCAUGAAUCUGGCCGUGUGUCUGGCCCCCUCCCUCUUUCACCUUAACUUAGCGAAGAAAGAAAGCUCACCAAGAGUCAUCCAAAAGAAAUACGCCACCGGGAAGCCAGAUCUGAAGGACCUCAAUGACAAUCAAGCUGCAGCCCAGGGGCUCGCCCACAUGAUCACAGAAUGCAACCGGCUCUUUGAGGUUCCAUAUGAGAUGGUGCUCCAGUCCCGGAGCUCCUACCUGGAGGCUGAAAUCCACACACCCAGCCUGGAAGACUUGGGAACACAGCUGGCAGAGAGCGGGGCAACUUUCCACACAUACCUGGAGCAUCUCAUCCAAGGGCUCCAGAAAGAAGCACGGGAGAAAUUCAAAGGAUGGGUCACCUGUCCCAGCCCAGACAACACAGACCUUGCUUUCAAAAAGGUGGGGGACGGGAAUCCGCUGAAGCUGUGGAAGGCGUCUGUGGAGGUGGAGGCGCCACCCUCCGUGGUGUUGAAUCGUGUGCUGAGGGAGCGCCACCUGUGGGAUGAGGACUUCGUGCAGUGGAAAGUGGUGGAAACUUUGGACAGACAAACAGAAAUCUACCAGUACGUGCUGAACAGCAUGGCCCCACAUCCCUCCAGAGACUUUGUGGUUCUCAGGACCUGGAAGACUGACUUGCCCAAAGGAAUGUGCACCCUGGUGUCCCUGUCUGUGGAGCAUGAAGAAGCCCAGCUGAUAGGCGGCGUGCGGGCAGUGGUAAUGGAUUCUCAGUACCUGAUAGAACCAUGCGGUUCUGGAAAGUCCAGGCUGACCCACAUCUGCAGAAUAGACCUGAAGGGUCACUCCCCAGAAUGGUACAGUAAAGGCUUCGGACACCUCUGCGCUGCAGAAGUUGCCAGAAUCAGAAACUCUUUCCAGCCUCUCAUUGCUGAGGGUCCAGAAACAAAAAUCUGAGCUCUCCCCAGUGUGACGUCAAACUCAGGGACACUGGAGGUGUGUGGAGUGCAAAGAUGACAAGGAGAGAAUGAAGCACUGUGCCAGUGGUAACCAGAGGCCAUCGAGGAUGUUCCUAACCUACCUGGAGAUGGCUAUUCCCUACUAAUAUAUGUCUUGGACAUUUAUCUAUGUUGCUUAAAAUUAAAUGGGUUAUUCCUUAUACAUUGCCUGAUUUGCUAUUUAAAGGCUUCUAAGAAGCGUGGUUUGGCUGUAAAUAAAUGUACUGUAGCAUUUGUAUAUGUGUGUAUAUCUCCCUUUGCUGUACAUAUGUAAAAUACUGGUUUUAUAUAUAGUUAAGUGUCUGACUCUGUGAGUCUCCUCACAUGGCACUUCCCAGGUUGCUGUAGGCCCUGUGUCCCUCCUGUCCUGCCAGCCGAGCAGAGCCUGCUGCCAAACACCAAAGCAUGAAAUGUAUAAUCUGUCAGUCUGCCCAUGCUAACCCAAAGAUUAGCUAGCCAAAGAACAAUAAUAUUAAAGGCUUCUUCCACUCGUUGGCCUCUUAUUUCUGAUGUUUAAAAACUGGAGUGGAAUGCUGAGAUAAAUUGAGUGAAAUGAAAUGUGCUUCUCCUUAACAUAAAGCAGCAGAUAAGAGUUUAUUGCUAAAUCCAAGGCUAGAUUUUGUGUUGCCCCUGGGACCACUCUGUGAAGUUGAGUGAGAUGUCAGGUGACCGCUGAAGUUGGUACCAGGGAGUGAAACAGAACUGGCACCACCCACCCCUACAUAGAGGUGAACAGCAGAGCCCGUCCACAAAGCCAAAGGGAGCCCCAUGUCCUUCUUGAGACUCAGACAGCUGUCAUAAUGCUGUCGAGCCAUCUAUUUGACCAGUGGCCUAUAUGGCUACAGUUAUUCAACGUGUUCUUGCACUGACCUUGACUCUGGACACCAGCCAAAGUGAGAUGAUGGUCCAUCAAGUGUCCAGGGUCAUCAUGGCUUCAGGGAAUUCACAGUAUCCUAUAUAUGAUGCUCUUAAAAUCUAAUCCAUUAAAAAAAUCUUGCAAUCUAAAAGACAGGGUUUUAAACUAACAAAAGACCAAAACUAAUCAUUAGGUAUUUGUAAAAAUUACAGGCAGAUGUAUCAACCCCAUGUUUCUUCAUUAUUCAUCACCAGCACCCAUGUGUUUGACCCUCGCCUUAUUUAUUAUUGUACAGACGGAGCAAACUAGCAUUCCUGAACCACGUGAGAAUGGAUUUGCUAUUUUUAUUGUACUGCAGAGAGAUAACUUAUUAUGUCUGGCUUCCAGGAGAGAUUUUCUUUGGUUGUCUAGGCAGAGACUGAUAUCCUAAUUCAGCAACUGGUGUUGGAAGAAAAGCAAAAAACAAAUGUGUGUUUCCAGGGUGGUUGUUGUUGUAUUAUUACAUACACUAAAGCGAUGUUUUCUUUUGUCUGUGGUGUGCAAUCAUUUUAUUGGGAGGAAUAAAUAUGUUUUCUGUAUAUCUGGUGUGGCACAAGAAAAAUCAGGGUAGGAAGUUUUCAUUCUUGUGUCUACCUGGAAGUCAGUCAGACCCGGGGUCACAUUUGGGCAGUGCUCUGUGGACUGGACAAAUCCACUUUUGCCAUUACAUCAUAUAGCCAUGCUGGAUGGCUUUUUAUGUACUGGCAAGAUCAUCAAUGGAGCUUAGACUGCUCAACACUGUUCCCACUCCAGAGACGGGUACUAUGCAUUUGAAAGCAGAGUGGACACCCCGGGAUGAAUAGCAUUGUUUCCCAAGGACCAUCCUUGCUUAGCAUGCACUGGGAGUCAGGCACCUGGAGACCUCGUGAAAAUGCCCUGAUCAGGCAGUCUGGGUGCCCCUGGCAUUCUGUAUUUCUAAUGAGCCCGAGGGAUGCAGGAUGCUGGCUGCAAGGAUACACGGUGAGAAACAAGGGCCCAAGGAAUCGCUUAAAACUGAAUAAGAUGAUACGAUUGUAUUUCUCACCCGGUCCCUCCCAUCUAACCUGACUUUUCAAUUUUAUGCACGUACUAAUCACAUCACCUCUACUAACCACAAGGUGCAUCUUUAAAAUAAAGGAAAGGGAGGGGAGGAAAAUGAUGCAUCGAGCUUGUUUGUCAAAUACCACAGUAUUUUACUCAUUGUUAUCUUGCCAAUGGAAAUAAAAUAUUUGCAUUUAAAUAUUAUAUUUAUACCUCAUGUAUAUUUUUACCUCAAUUGUUGGUAUCAAUCAUCAGUUGUAAAUAAUUGCCAAGGCAGAUUAAAUUUAUAUACAUUAAAUAUUUCCUAUUUUCUGUAAAA